GGGAAGUAUCUUGUUCGGGAGCGAAUACGACGUGGCUGGAGUGAAGGUUUUCCUGAGACGUUUAGCUGAGACGUUUGACCCCACGGGGAGUGCGCCAGCCGAGGUCUGGGGUAUGUUGGCGGGGACAACUCCGCCGAUAAACUUUUCCGAAGUUUUCGUCCGAGUUCAAAUCGAAUGGGACAGAUUGAAGUCGGUUCAAAGCUCCAUACUCACACUUACACGAAGAAUCGAAGAACAAUUUCUAGUUCAGAUAAACAUUUGACACACAAUGGAGCUACCCAGUACUCACAAGACAGCUGCUGUGGUGAGAGAGAACGGAAGCAAGGCUCAAUUUGAGAUAGAAUCCGUCUCAAUUCCCGAGCCAGGUCCACAAGAUGUUCUGGUCCAACUUUCGGUGACCGGGGUCUGUGGGACUGACAUUGCACUUGCUUCAGGAGAACUCGGACCAACUCGGCGAAUUCUUGGCCAUGAAGGAGUUGGACGAGUUGUCAAGCUUGGAUCUGGACUUUCGGAAUCCCAAGUGAAGCUCGGGCAACGGGUGGGCGUUGCAUGGCAAAGAGAUAUAUGUGGUACCUGCGCAAUGUGCCUGAUCGAGGGUGGGGAGACGAGGUGUUUGGAGCAGCUGAAUUCGGGGCGAAAAAUUGACGGGACUUUUGCUGAGUAUACAGUUAUUCCAUACAGAUACUUGACGACGUUGGCCGAGGGUCCUGGAGACCAAAUGUUGGCUCCUAUUCUCUGUGGUGGAGUGACGGUCUACAAGGGACUAAAACUCUGUGGGGCAACUCCUGAUCAGUGGAUUGCCAUUUCUGGAGCGGGUGGUGGAGUUGGAGCAUUGGGAAUUCAGUACUCGAAAGCAAUGGGAUAUCGAACUAUUGCAAUUGAUGCCGGGCAGGAGAAGGAAGAGUACUGUCGAAGUCUUGGAGCUGAGGUGUACAUCGACUUAACUCAAACAGCUGAAGUGGCUUCGGUCGUCCGCGAAAAGACCAGCGGACGAGGUGCUGCAGCUGUACUUGUGACUGCUGGGUCUGGAAAGGCAUAUCAAGAUGCACUUGGAAUGCUUGGGCCGUUCGGAACGCUUGUUUGUAUCGGCAUUCCGCCUCCUUCGCAGCUGGUGAACUUCCACCCCCUCCUGUUCAUAGACUUGGGAAUCAGGAUCAUCGGAUCAGCUGUCGGUACCAGACUCGACAUACAAGAGGCAAUUUCGUUUGUUGAGCGGGGUUUGGUGAAGCCAACGGUGCAGAUGACAACUCUGGAUCAGUUGUCAGAAGUCGGCGAGCAAAUCAUCCAGGGAAAGGCAAUAGGAAAGUUCGUAAUUCGGUUCAAAGACGAUACAGUGCCUUCAUGAGAUCUUGCAGCAGGGAUGGAAGGACGAUUGUGGGAUAUGAGGGAGGAGAAUGACCCUGCGGCUAAGACUCCUAUCGAAUCAUCGAUCAGUUCGAUUCGAUUAAUAUCGAAUCAAAUUAGCAGACUCGAUCGAAUAUUCAAUGGAUCGAUCGAAUUCUCCACGUGAUUUUUAAGCAAUUCCUAAAGCUAUCUGCAUAUAAGCUAAGG